AUGGUGGAUGAUAAUGUGAGUCCUUCUAGGACCUCAUUAGAUAGGAAGGUUUCCAGAUCUAAAUCUGUUGGGUAUGGUGGAAGUAGAAGCUUCUCAGGGGACUUCUUCGAGCGAAUCUCUACUGGGUUUGGGGACUGUGCUCUCUGUCGUGUGGAGUCACAGAGAAAAGACAAGUCUAGGGCCAAAACUGGUUUUCCAACGAUUCACCGAUUUUGGUCAAAUCAGUCGAUUUUCACGAUUUUUCAAUGGUUCGAUUCCUUAGGAGGUCUAACUAAAGAAUCAGACCAUUUUAGGUCUCGGUUCAAG